AUGUUUUUCAACAACAUGAAUCAAUCUUGUUCUCGCUGUCAAUCCGAAGACACUCGAAUCAUCACCACAGCUCUCUAUCACUGCAACACUUGCAAUCUCCAUUUAUGUGGCUAUCACGGUCAAAAUCAUGGCCUCUCCCAUUCCGAUCAUCAUGUGAAAAAACUCAACGCAUCCUCUCCAGGAAUUGUGUUUGAAAAUAAUUCACAGCCAUCGAACUUUUUUUCAAGAUCAGCAGAAUCAACGACGACUCCAUCCUUCUCUUGGAGCACACCAAGUAGUACAUCCUUAUUUUCCUCAUCGUUGUCAUCAUCGUCUUCUUCGUCCUUGUUUUCCUCAUCGUCGUCUUCUUCAUUUCCGUUUUCAUUUGGAGAUUCCACACAACAGAUUUCAACAGAAAAUUCUGUGAAGAAAAUCAAUGAAAUUACCCAAGUCAAGUUACUUCUUGUGGGUGAUGGAGCUGUUGGAAAAUCCUUAUUUGUUUCACGAUUGAGAAACAUUCAAUUCAAUACGAUCGAGUACAAACCAACCAUGGGAGUGGAAGUUUUUGAUUUGGAUUUUGAAACCAUUGCUCAUGGUCCAAUUCGUGUCAGUAUUUGGGAUACGGCUGGUCAGGAGAAAUUUGGAGGUCUUCGAGAUGGAUAUUACAUUUCAGGACAAUGUGCAUUAAUCAUGUAUGACAUGAAAUAUCCACAGUCGUUAAAUUCUGUUCCACAUUGGCAUCGUGACAUCUCUCGAGUAUGUGCAAACAUUCCAAUUGCCGUAUGUGCAAACAAGUCAGAUUUAAUGACAAAUGAUAACGAGGUGGAAAGUAUGGAACAACGUGCUCAAAUGUUGUGUGCCAGAAAACAAAUGAAACGCUUUACAAUUUCAGCCAAAGAGGAUUCGCUUGAAAAAUUGCAACAAGUGAUUGAAAGUAUGAUUCAGGAUUUGAAAAAAGAUCCAACAUUGAAAUUUUUGAGUAUUUUUAAAUUGGAAACUGAGACACGCAUGAAAAGUGUCUUGUAUGCAAAAACACAAACUUCAUUACAGACCGAUGUGAUCUUGUUAACUCGAGAUGGUGACAAUUCAUAUCAAUAA